AUGCCCGCCUUCGACGGUCCUCCGCCGGUAAUAUUUGACGGUCCUUCACCGGCGGUGUCGAUCCUCCCUGGAUUCUCGCCAAUAGUGUCUCCUUUCAGGCCCUCGCUACAGGGGGAAGAGUACGUGAGGCCUGCAGGCUUGUUUGCAGCGCCGCGGGCGCCCGGACUCGUUGAGGCGCCAGAGGUGCCUCCCGGGUUGCCGGCACCUGUUGCCCCAAUUGCUGCAGUGCCGGCGUUGGUCGAGGACAUGCUGGCACCCGUCGAGAAUGCGUCUGCGCCCGUCGAGAAUGCGCCAGCGCCGGUCGACGAUACGACAGCGCCACUCCACGACACCCUCUUCUUAUCUGAAGACGCGCGCUUCAGGUCGCUGGAAGCGGACCGCGUGAGUGGUGCAGCGUCGGUGGCGCCUCGUCCUGCGCAUCCUCGAGUGCAAUCGCCGGACGCGCCGGAGCGUCCGGCGUCGGCGCCGCCUGUGACGCCCGAGACGGUCGACACCACGCCGGAGAUGAUCAGCGGGGUUCUGAAGUGGCGCGAGGGAGGAGAGGUCAGGCGCGCUGUUCUGCAGUCGCCUGAAGACUGGGUUACGAGCCCGAAGAGUGUUGAAGGAACUCUGGCAAACGGUGAACAAGUGCGCGAUGCAGGUCUCCAGGUCGAGGUGGAGAACGUACAACAAGUCGAGCACGAUGCCCCGGCGUCGGAGGAAACGACGAGCGCCCAAGUCUCGACGCCAUCAUCGGAGAACAAUCCUCAGGAGCCUACUCAUCCAGCACCGCAGCGCCACAAACCUCGACGCCCAAAGACCACUAUCUUUGUCCUCGGCGGCGGUUUGCCCGCUCGCGCCACGCAUCGAUGA